UAGAUGGUACUCUUAUGUGUAUUUGAUUUUAAAAAUAUAAUUGUUUUGACUUACAGCAAGUAGGAUAAUAAACAAAACAUAUUUACGAUGACAAUCUUCAACCAUUACUUUAUUGCAGUGCUGGUGCUCUGCGCAUGUGUUUGUGAAUCUGAUUCUUCUCUGGACAAAAGAAAUGUGUAUCAGUUACAACAGAUUCUCUCCAAAGUCACCGGCAGAGGCGCUUAUUUUGACUACGAUGGUUAUGGGUGCUGGUGUGGUCGAGGGGGCUCUGGAACUCCUGUUGACGCAACAGACAGGUGUUGUCAGGCACACGACCAGUGCUACGACCGAAUGAUAGCGGCUGGCUGCGACCCGUAUCUGGAUAUCUACGAUUACUCACCCAAUGGGAGCAGCUUUACAUGUGACUCGUCAAACGACGCGUGCGAACUUGGAAUUUGCCAGUGUGACGUGGACCUGGCCAACUGCGCUGCGGCUAGUGCGUUUGACUACUCCAAGAAAAACUACGACAGAUCCAAGUGUUAA